AUGAGUCCUUUCCUAAACGGUGAUCGAUCACCUUCGCCCGAAGAGUCCACCAAGUUCGGCCCUGACAUCAAAGUCGCUGUAAUCGGCGCCGGUGUCAGCGGAAUCUGUGCGGCAGCAUAUCUACUGAAAGAGGGAGCCGAUGUCACUGUAUUCGAACGAUCUGGCGUCACAUCUGGAGUAUGGCACUACGAUCCCAGAGCAGCGACUACGGACUACCCCAGCGAAAAGCCCUCUGCCGGCGACUAUGUGACUUCGCUCCCAGGACAAUUCUCAUCAAGCCGAACCAUCUCCAAAACCAAAACUCAAAGCACUGCUCAUCCCCUCGAGACUAAAGACCGGAACGAUCUCGACGUUGCAUUCUCUCCUCCCGGCCCCGCUUAUUUCGGUCUUCGAAACAACGUCCCUACAAGUCUGCUCUACAGCAAUCUUGGCCCAUGGCCAAAGGGAACUGAAGAUAUCACCGGUCAUGAAGCAAUCCAAAGUUAUCUCCAAGGCUUGAGCAAAGAGUUUGGAGUCGACGAUGCAACAGUAUUUUAUACACGCGUUGAGGACGUCAAAAAGAGCGACGAUGAAAGCUACUGGAAUAUUCGAACGAUAACUCUCCUCAAAGGCGAAGGGGAACCAAGAAUAAUCGAGCGGAAUUGGAAAUUCGAUGCUGUCGUCGUGGCGACUGGGCAUUAUAACCUCCCCCGCAUUCCGGAUACUCCUGGUCUUGCUGAAUGGAAAGCUCACUUUGGUGAUGAUGUUAUACACACUAAGCAGUAUCGUCGACCGGAGCAAUUUAAAGGAAAGACUGUAUUGGUUGUUGGUGGGGGAGCCUCAGCGUAUGAUGUUUGCCGUGAGACUAGUGAGACAGCGAAGAGGGUUGUUCAGAGUACCAGGGGCGGUGACUUUGACUUGCCGCCUUCGAUGUUCCCUGGGAGCGUUGAGCAUGUUGGAGGGAUUGAGAAAUUUGUAUUGGAGAAGGACCCAGAUACUGGAGGGGUGAAGAGUCGAGUUCUUUUGAGUGAUGGAAAGGUACUUGAUGAUGUCGAUGCUGUCGUUUUGGCUACCGGCUACCUAACAUCGUACCCCUUCCUCGCGCAAUAUCACCACGAUGAUGUAUCCGCCAACAACGCAACGCGAGAUAUUCUCAUAACCUCUGAGGGAAACAUGGUUCAUAACCUCCACAAAGACAUAUUCUACACCGAAGAUCCAUCACUCUCAUUCAUCGGCGUACCAUAUUACACCGCGACAUUCUCCCUCUUUGAUUUCCAAGCACAAGUUCUCGCCCGAGUACUCACUGGAAAGACUUCUCUACCCGGUAUUCAGUCUUUGCGACAGGAAUAUGAUCAGCGUGUUGCUAGCAAGGGACGUGGGAGGAAAUUUCAUAGUUUGGCGGGCGAUGGUGAAGAGAUCGAUCGUGUUAAUAAUGAGAUUAAGCCUUUGGCUGGACAUUCUAAGGAGUGGUUGGAUACGUAUAAUGAGCAGAGGGAGAAGAGAAAGUUGUUGAGGGUUGCGAAGGGUGCUGAACCUGAGGGCUUAUGGGCGAGGCCUAGUGAUUUAGAGAAGGCAUAA